AUGAAUAUUCAUGACAUUGCCCUUCUCCACUGCCACUGCGCCAAACAGGCCGUCGAUGCAAAGUGUCAAACAGAACGAACCUCACCCGAUGUUGCCAUCGUCGAUGAAGCUCCGUUCAUUGCAAGCUUUAUCACUUCGUUGCUGCUCGAAUCGUCACAUUCUUACGCUCUAUUCCUGGUUUCAUUAAAUCCGUACAACGCAGAACGACAAAUGUCAUUUUUCGUACUUCCGUCACCCGAAACAAAAAGCGCGGCCACAGUGCCGUUGGCUGGCUGGCUCGGGUUUAACGCAGCAAAUCUCAAUAAACAAGAUAAAAAACUGCCGACAAUAACAAUUGCCGUAACCAGCAGCGGAAAACGACAUAAACGGAAAGUUCAAAACUUCCUACCCUGCAAAACGCCAACCCGCGGACCACCACAUCAUCUGGACGCAACAGGUGUCUCAACGGCGCACUCGGUGACGUACGAGGACCCCGACGUGCACCUAGGGCACCAUCCUCUGGUGUUGCGACAUCAUCACCACCAUCACCAUCACAAUAUGGAGCUCCACCACCCGAAGCAGAUUCAUUAUCCUAGCGGUUACCCGAUGCCCCGGUCGCCGCCACUGUUCAUCUGCUCCUCGCCGGGCCCGGACCCGUACCGAUCGCACGACAACGUGUACGAAGAGCUGGAGCAUCCCCGGGACACCGAUUCAGAGCCACCGGUCCAAUCGGAUGACGAUUUUGCCGAAGAUGAACUGAGCCUGCCGGGCGAUAGGUCAUUUCAUAAAUCCUCCUCCGACGGUGGCACAACGGUGGCUACAAUUUAUCAUGACCGUAGCGCUAGCAGCAACGCAGGAACAAACAGCGGCAACAACACGGACCAGUACAUGGAACGGAAUCGAACCGAGCGAAAUUCGCUGCUGUCGUCGUCAUCAUCCAACAAUGACAAUAACCUGAGAGCGGGCGGCGGUGCUGCCGGUGGUAGCAGCAGUGGUAAUAACAAUAGAAAUUCCAACUCCAGCACGGACUGCGCAAGUAGUGCGAGCGGGAACAAUGCCAACAAUAGCAUUAAUAACGCCACUGCCAGCAACAAAACGAACAACAAUCAAACGAGCAGUGGUGGUGGUAACGCCGCUACCAAUUGUUCCGGGGGCACUGGUCUGUUUCGUUCUAGAAAACAACCGUCGACACUCGGAAGUGGUAGAGGCAAUAAGCAUUUUAACAAUCCCCUAUCGUCGGCUGAGUCGCCGAGCGAAAUGCGCCUAAUGCCGACAGGCUACGAAGAAAGGGCAAUGAUGACGCUUCCACCGUCCUACCAGACGGCAGCAGCAGCUACCGGCACAGGAUCCCCUAACAACUUAAACAACAUCAACAAUAAUAGCUUUCUGAAUAGCAAUAGUCUGAAUAAUAACGGUAGCCGUAGUAAUUAUUACAGUACAAUCGACGAUGAAUGCGAUCCCGUUGAACGACGAAAUCGAAUCAACGCUCAGUUGUCCGCAUCGAGUGCGACAAUCCACAACGGUGGCCCGAGUGUGUCUACUAUUUUCCGCAACGGGCGGCCGCCGUAUCCUGGCGGUAACAACAAUAACCAUCACAAUCAUCACACAUCGAGCGGAAGUAAUCGAUCGCGGACGAAUCCUCGUUCGCUGGAUCGCCGACGGUACAUCAACAACAACAGCAGUAGCAGCAACAACAAUAAUAACAACAACAACAACGGUAGUAACUUGGCCGUGAUAUCCACGCAGGACCCAUCGCAGUACAUCUACCACGAGCCGGUUUUCCACGAAGGCCUCAUCUAUGACGCUUGUCUAUCGUACAGCGACCGCAGCAGUGGCGGAAGUGCCGGUCCUCCCUAUCCGUACGUUCUGCCACAUUUCACCACUUUUCGCACGCAUGGCGGCAACGGGUCAGCAGCCAGCCAACAGGCCAUCUACUCGCGAGACAGCAGCUUCGGGUCCGAUUCGGGCUACAGUCAGCAUACGCAGGCCUCGAAUCGCAGCACCGGCUGGUGCAGGAAUCGAUUGACACCUCAGCAGCAGAUACAUCAGGCGCCACCGCCGCCGUCCCGAAGCGAACCACCGCAGGCGGUGGCGGAUUCUUGA